AUGUCUAAGCAUGGCCUGGACCAAACUGCUUGGAAUCGCAUAUUGGGACAAGCGCGGCGAGCUUCAAAAGACGAUGGCGCAACGCUAGAUCUGAGUGACCAGCGCAUCGAUGAGAUUCCUGCCGAAGUCGUUGAGCGACUCAAGCUUGAAGUCACUCGUCUGGCUUUAGGCCAUAACAUUCUGACUGCAUUGCCGCCGUCUAUCGUGAGCAUGCAAAAGUUGCGCUACCUCAAUAUACGGUCCAACUACUUUCGCGAGUUUCCGACAAUCCUGUGCAACAUGCCUUCCCUGGAGAUUUUGGACAUUAGUCGCAAUAAGAUUCGCUCGUUCCCGCAGGACCCGGGCAACUUGAUUCACCUCAAAGUCUUGUCAAUCUCCAAGAACAGGAUUGAAGUCUUGCCAAACUACAUCUCGCGGAUGCAUGAUCUCAAAAUUCUUAAGAUUGAGUACAAUCCUAUCGUCUUUCCAAGCUCAAAUAUCGUCCACAACACGGGUGGCGAGGCGACCAUGGAUCAGUGGUUGACAGCUUUGAAAUCUUAUUUGGCGCAGCAAACACCACUUGACGUGGAGACAGGAACCACGACGGACGAUGACGGGCAGGAAUCAGACUAUGCUGCGUUGGAUACGAGAGGACUUACUGUGAGGCCCUAUGCAAAGUCAAACAAGCCCACGCCACCGAUUCCAACAAAGAACAUGGACCGGACGAGCAGCAAGUCUGUCAGUGGUAUGGCCCAUUUCAUUGAUCCCAAAGCCCUGGAUAUGGAGAGAUCGCGCAGCAACAGCGAAAGCGAACAUUCACGGCCGCCUUAUCGCCGACCUUUGCAGAUGCAGCGCACGCGCACGGGUCUCGAUACCCUGACUGAAGAUCGCACACGGCAUUCGCGAGGCUUCUCGCAUGACUACAUCAAUGGUAGAGAUAAUGUCUCUGAAGCAGAAUCUAGUCUGAGAUCCCCCGCUGAAGUUCAGCAAAAUUCAAGAGCAUAUUUCCGACGUUUGUCUAGCCUACCGCAGAGCAAGCGAGUUUCCCUCAGCUCUGCUAAAAUUGUCGAAUCGGCGCGUGGUAUGCUUUUUGCCUUUUCUCAGAUCCAUCAAGCUGUGAGGCAGUACUCGACCUUCUGUCCCUUCCCAGACUUGACUGGCAGCAUCAACCGUGUGCUCUACAACGCAAAUGCGCAUGUCGGCGCGUUGGUGGAUGCGCUCGAGUCGCACGAAGCCAAGCCUGAUAACGCAGAUGCGACGGUGGUCAUGGAGGCGUGUCGCGCAUGCGUCGGCGCCUUUCGCCAUGUUAUGAGCAUAUUACACAACCGCAUUCGAGACUUGACAUCACAGGCUGAUGUUCGUUAUACAAGGACAUUACUGCUUCUACUGUAUGGUGCAGCUGCAGAAAUACAAAAUGCAUGGACGGCAAUACGGCCUGUAAGCGAGAUCAAGCCGCUCCCUAUCGUAGGCAUCAGUCCAAUUCCAGGAUUUAUGCCAUAUGGCGCGACUCGAACGGCAGCGCCACUCACUCGACUCAAAUCAAAUUCAAAUUCGAAUGUAUCGUUGACCUCGUUCAAUUCGCUUGCACGACCGAAUGAGCAGCAUGGUUCUUCUAUUGGCACACCUCCAAGUGUCAUGUCGCCUGAUGGGCCUGUUGGUGUUGACACUGACGAGCAGCUACUCGACAAGAUUGCUCAAGCCACCAGUGCGACGUUGGCACUUUUAUCGCUCAUGGGCGAAGCUGUUUCCAAGAGCGCCAUAGCAUCGUCUCAAGGUCCCAAUACCCCUGGCGCCGUGUCACCGGCAACCAACAUCAAGCUGCGUGACUUGGCGUCGAAUUCACUGAGCGCGGGUGAAGUCACGCGGCGUCUGAAGAACAAGUUGCCGCAAGCACGGAGCAUGACGGAUGCGAUUGACAAGAAGCGUUUCUGGGAGGACACCAAUGCGUUCGUUAAGGCUGUCAUCAAUGUUGCUGCCCUUGCCAAAAGCGUUUCCAGCGAAUAUCCAUUCUCAAAAGCGAUCCUGGCGAGCUUAUCGACCGUCACUCGAUCUACGAAGGAGCUGACCAUCCUGCUGUCUGUGUCGACAUUCCAACUACAUCGAGCGGAGCCACAGCCUGCGACAACGCCCUCAGCUGGCAUCAUUUCACCUCUUGCGGCAGCACUUGGUCCGGCCAGCCAAGCAGUCAUGACGCCGACGGUGGCUAACAUGACAGCCGUCGCUGCGACAAGCCCAACGUUGAAACACUUUGACAUGUCUGGCCCCAACAGUGCGUCAGGAACGCCACUCUCAACAUAUCAACCGCAAUUGCCACCCUUUGGAGAAGAAUCAACUACAUGA